AUGACUAAUGAAUGGACUGGUGAUGAAAAUGAAGAAGUUAAUAUUUAUAAAAACACAAAAAAUAGGAUAUUUAAAGCCUUAAUUCACAACAAAAAUAAAAAAGAACAUUUUGAAAAAUUAAUAUCUCUUGAAGAUACCAAGGCUGCUAUUCAUUUUAAAGCUCUUGAAGCACUCAUGGAAGCGGACGCUAGAAAUUUCUCAGUGGAAAAAGAUGCUGAGGAAAAUAUUAAUAAGCUGCAAACAAUUUUGAAACAUCGCAUAGAAUCAAAAAGUGUAUUUUAUCGAAGUACUGUCUCACAUCUCUGUUCUCAACUACACAAGAAACUAAGUAAUAUGAAUGUUGAAUAUUUGAUAUAUGAUAAUCUACUAGCAAGUAGCAUUAUAUUGAUAGCUAGUUCAUUAGAACAGAUUAAUGAAGGAACAUAUGUUGCAGAGGUAUUAGCACCUUUGCUAACCACUACUUUUUCAGAAUUACCAAUCCCUUUGAUGUAUAAAACAAAUUGGGGAGAAAUUGAGAGUCCUUCUAGUAAGGCUCAUAAAAAUCACAUGGAAAUAACCCAGAUUUUAUGUUAUGUGUGA